AUGAAAAGAGACUCUCACAGGCCUACUGCUAGACCACCAAGCAACACUCUGUUGUCAAGAAUUAACAUACCCCUCUUAGAAAUUCCAGUGACCGCUGGGUCCUCCAGAACCACAUUCUACGUCUAUCAGUGGCCGUUGGAGAAGAAGAAUAACACUGGAGUUGUCAGUGAGACCUACAAGUGUGGUGUGAAAGGCCCUGGAAUCUCUAGCUAUUGGAAGAAGCCCCAAGAUGCUCCCAAAGCUUUUGAGGAUUGCAUGCGAAAUGUCACCUGGCAGAUUCCAGCACACCUCCGCGACUCCACCCAGAUUUACCUGGGGGCCACUGCUGGGAUGCGUUUGCUGAGGUUGCAAAAUGAAACCGCAGCUAAUAAAGUCAUGGCCAGUAUCAAAAACUACUUCAACUCCCAACCGUUUGAUUUUAGGAGCGCCCAGAUCAUUUCUGGGCAAGACGAAGGGGUAUAUGGAUGGAUUACAGUCAACUAUUUAAUGGGGAAUUUCCUGGAGAAGAACCUGUGGAAUAUGUGGGUCCAUCCCAGUGGAAUGGAGACCAUAGGUGCCCUGGACUUGGGCGGUGCCUCCACCCAAAUAUCCUUCUCCAUGGGGGAGAAUGUGAACGUCAGCAGCAGUGACAUCAUACAAGUGACCCUCUAUGGCUACACAUACACACUCUACACACACAGCUUCCAGUGCUAUGGUCGGCACGAGGCUGAGAAGAAGCUACAGGCGAUGCUACUUCAGAAUUCUUCCACCAAAGCCGAAGUCAUCAACCCCUGUUACCCUCAAGAUUACACCACCAGCUUCACUCUGGAGCACAUAUUUGACAGCCCGUGCACCUCGGACCUGAGACCCGCCAGUUACAACCCUCAUGACGUCAUCGUAUUUAAAGGCACAGGCGACCCAUCACAGUGCAGGGACCAAGUGGUUUCCCUAUUUGACUUCAAAGCUUGCGAUGACCGAGAAGAUUGCUCCUUUAAUGGGGUUUCUCAGCCAAAAGUUAAAGGACCCUUCAUGGCCUUUUCAGGGUUCUACUACACAGCUGCUGCUCUCAACCUGUCCGAUAGCUUUUCCCUGAACUCCUUCAAUUCAAGCACUUGGAAUUUCUGCUUACAGAAUUGGCAACAGAGGUUUGUGUGUAAACGAAAUGUAGACCAUGAAAGGGUAUGGAGGACUUAA